UGGCUUCGCUCGACUCGAUUACGACGUUACGCACGGCACGUCACUCAGUCGGUUACAGCUCUCGAUAGCUAGCGAACCGUACGCGCGGCGCACACGUGCCCGUAUCUAAACCACGCCGCUCUCGGUGCUUUUGCCCGCUUCACAUUAUUAUGUAAUACAAAAAUAAACCACGACAUUUAACGAGCACGUGUGCGCACCGGUCGUCGUACGUCCCCAUCCAACAAUCAAGCAUUUCCGACUCUACAUUAACACACCAAUUUUCGUGUAAACCCACGUUUCGGACAAAGUGAACUGUUUAUCCAGUAUUCCUGUGUUUGUGGUUGUGAAAUCAAAUGAAAUGUCUAACUCUGUGGAGCAACAGUUUGGCGAGCUCAGCCUUUCCCAGGACGAGCAGGAUCAAAUGUACGAUCAAGAUGAUCAGCAAGACAGCCGAUCCUCUAAAGUGCUGAUCAGCGGGCUGCCACUGCACGUUCGCUUCGACAACAUCGAGCCCCUUUUACUUCAAUACGGCAACGUGCAGCAUUGCGAUAAGGCGAACGCGCGCGAUGCCAACACCCAAGCGGUGUACAUCACGUUCGAAACGCCUGAGCAGGCCCAGCAGGCGAUAAAUUUGCUGAACGGGUUUGAGCUGGAAGGCAGCCGUAUGAAGGUGGAACCGGCGGAUGGUGGAGCACGUGGCGGCCGGCGUGGACGGCCGGGCGGUGGCCGUGGUGGCGGUGCCCCAGGUGCCGGGUCUAGGCCUACGGACUUUCCGCUGCGACUACUUGUCCAGAGCGACAUGGUCGGUGCGAUCAUAGGUCGCCAGGGCAGCACCAUUCGCCUAAUCACCCAGCAGAGUCGUGCUAGAGUGGACGUGCAUCGCAAGGAUAAUGUUGGCUCGUCGGAGAAGGCGAUCACUAUCUAUGGUAACCCGGAGAAUUGCACCAACGCUUGCAAGCGUAUCCUGGAAGUGAUGCAACAGGAGGCCAAUAACACUAACAAGGGUGAGAUUUGCUUGAAGAUCCUCGCACACAACAAUCUGAUCGGCCGAAUUAUUGGUAAAGGUGGUAACACAAUAAAACGCAUCAUGCAAGAGACUGACACAAAAAUAACUGUCUCCUCUAUCAAUGACAUCAACAGCUUUAACCUAGAACGCAUCAUCACGGUCAAGGGUUCCAUCGAAAACAUGGCGAAGGCCGAGUCACAAAUAUCUGCUAAGCUGCGGCAGAGUUACGAAAAUGAUUUGCAGGUGCUAGCUCCGCAAAGCAUUAUGUUCCCGGGACUGCACCCGAUGGCCAUGAUGUCGACUCGCUACUGCGGCGCCCCACCACCCUUCCCACCGCCCAUUUACGCGCCCCUCAGCGGCCAGGGCGGCGCUCAGCAGGGCGCUGGUGAUUCGCAGGAGACUACCUACCUGUACAUACCCAAUAACGCCGUGGGAGCGAUUAUCGGCACCAAGGGCUCGCACAUCCGCAACAUUAUUCGCUUCAGCAACGCUUCGGUCAAAAUUGCUCCGCUCGAGCAGGACAAGGGAGAAGGAAACGCCGGAGCCGGAGCCGCCGCUGCGGCCGCCGCUCAGCAAGAGAGGAAGGUGACCAUCGUCGGCAGCCCCGAAGCUCAGUGGAAGGCGCAGUAUCUGAUUUUUGAGAAGAUGCGCGAGGAGGGCUUCAUGUCUGGCUCUGACGAUGUGCGGCUCACCGUCGAAAUAGUCGUGGCUUCGUCCCAAGUCGGACGUAUCAUAGGAAAGGGUGGCCAAAAUGUCCGCGAACUGCAACGCGUCACCGGGUCGGUGAUCAAGCUUCCCGAACAAGCUCAGCCGGCGGCUGCGAUCGCUCAGGACCAUGAGACUACUGUCCACAUCGUCGGGCCGUUCUACAGUGUGCAGCGAACACCCGACCCCGGCUGAACAACGGUUUCUCCUCACUACACUCGAAUAUAGUCUGCUCAGCGGCGCAUCCGCGCCAUGGUGGCUCAGGCGAGUGCGCCGGGUCGGCACCGCCGUGCUGCGCAGCCGCCGCCGCCGCCUCCCCAGCAGCAGUAGACCGGACACGUUACCCCCACCGCGCCGACACACCGCCCCCCCCCCCUAACCCCCCGAUACCCACUCGCCCCUCCGAUGCACUUGCCUCUUUGCGUUUCGCGUCCUCCCCCUCAGUGCCAGUAGAGCUAGCGUAUUCCACCACAAUAUGAUCGGCCUUAUACGCUACUGUUACUUUAAUAUCGUAAAGCUAUGUCCGCACCCGGCCCCGGCCGCCGCCGCGGACACACCUUUACACUAGCUGUCUAUAUAUUUACAUGAUUGUCUGUUUAUUGAUACAAAUGUUAUAGCGAUAUUAUAAAGAUGGGAGAGUUUGUAAAUAGCAAAGAGUCGUUGUUCAAACAUAAAAUUUGUAAGUUCCGCGAGUGAUUUGUCAAAUGUAUUUUACACAUAUGUAGAUAUACACAUAUUUUUUUCAUAUAUUCAUGAAGUAUAUAAUUGUUAGAUUGUUUACCGUUAUAUAUAUAUCCGACGGAUGAAAUGCAAUAGUGGUCCACGUUAGGUUCUUAUACAAGUGUUAAGUAGACGAAUCGAUUAUACAGACGCGUAUUAUGUUUUGUUAUUGAGAUAUAGAUUAAUAUGUUACGGUGUGUGGGUCGUACUGACUUUCGCUUUACUGAGGCUUUCCUGAAACGAUUGCAGGCGAUUGAUGAAUACUGUUGACGUCUCUACGCGGACUGACGCGCCCCUCGCGCACCGAAUGAUACGUUCCAAGAGAUUUGUACCUCACGGUGAUUAUUGGACGUCGAGGACUUGUGUACGAUUAAUUUAUAAGUGACAUUUGUUGAUCGUUUUCUUUGUAAUUUUGUUAGCUUUAUAACGGUUUUUGUGUCGUCGCGUUUUCGGGGCCGAGCCGGUUCCGCCGUCGACCAACGUUGGAAACGCGCCGUCGGCCCGCCGCCGGCCGGCCCCUAGACUAGGUAGAGAACGCGUCGUCGCUUUUGAUGCGAGUGUAGUAUUUGUGUUAUAAUUGUGCCAAGGGAGAUAUAUUGUGAGAUUAAGAAUUAAGUGAAUGAUAUCAAAAUUGGGAAGCUUAGAUGAUUAUAUUUAUGAAUGUGAUAAUAAUAUAUGGAAGUUGUGAGACUAUGUUUCGCGGUUUAGUUUCGAUCUUGUCAACGUAAGUAAGUUAGUCUAUGUUAGUUAGGUGGCAGCGAGCUCCCGGACACCGAACCGGCUAUCCGUUUGAAGAUUUGGCCGCACCGCUAAACCUACGCGACCUUGCCCCCGUGUUGUUUUACUUCCACAUAUUAUUAAAUAAUCUCGCAAUUGGCAUAAAUAUCAACAAUUACCGUUCCUCUGCUCCCGACUAGAUAUUCUAUCAAAUAAAUGACUUGAAUAUUGUAGUAGUAGUAGGAGAGUGACGUACCAGAUUCGAUCGUUACCCGUCGUGCCAGCGCUGCCAAAGGCCGGCAGCGCUGAAGAGAAACCGGUGGCUUUCCGCCGCAUACGGCGGCCUAACUCUGUAAAUCCAUCAAUCAAUGUAGCAGUAUUGUUCAGAGUGUAAAAAUUGUCCUAACGUACCUGGUACGUGGGCAUCGGACUAACAAUAUAGACGGAAGAACGAAUAUACGUUGUACGAAGGGAGUGCUCGUGAGUCGAUACCACGCGCGUAUUCCCUUCUUUGGCAUUGAUUUCGCUGGCUUCGAGGAAACGUCGACGACCCUUCCGCGGAGCCGGCGAUUUCCGGCAUUGUUGUUUCUUAGACGACACAUAUUCGUUUUUCCCCGAGCAGUACAAAAAGCGUACUUAACCGAUAGCCGAGUGAGCCGAGAGCGGGUCAGCGUGUCAGGCACUAUAUGAACACGCGUCGUCGACUCCUCCACACGAGUGCCCGAACAUUUCCGCGGGCCAUUUCCGGUUUUUCAGUUGACCACCGAUUGCUUCUGGCGAGGUGUUAUUAUUUUUUAAGUGAUUUGGUAUUUUUUUUUGUCGAUAGCGGCGACCGCGCCUACCGAGUAUGUCGCUCAUGUGUGUAUUCGGUAGUGCGGCCUUUGUGUUUUGCCGUACGAGAGACAGAAGCGAUAGGGACGGACAGUGUACAUAUAGGCGUGUUGUUAUUCCUUCCAGGUAAAGCAGGAAUCGUAAUGUUAGCCUCAUUAUCAUUAUGUUCGUGUUUAGCAAGCUGAAAUAGAUUUUAGUUUAUUGUAUCGUUGUGAAGUAGUGUUUAAGUUGUGGCGCGCGUGGGCGGGCGGCCCGAGACUGAACUACACCCGCCGCCCUACCCGCGUCGCGCCUCCCCCAUAUCCCUAUACUAUGACCGUAUGACAUUUAUCCCAUCCAGACUACAUUUUGUUUGACAGUAAUCAUACAAUAUGAUCAAUCAAUAUUUUUUGUAACACAUUUUUAACACAAAUGUUCAAAGUUAACAACAUCCGACUAAUUUUGAAAUGAAACUGAUUCGUUUACAUAUUUUGAUUCAACCAUAUUAAUUCCCAUCAAAUAUAUAAGUCGAAUUGUAUUCUUCUUUGGUUAUGUGGUUAUAUUCAUUAAUGUAUAACGUUUAUAUAGUGCGAAUCCAUUUACGUGUAUGGUUGAUUGAUGGAUCGUUUAUUGAUGUUUAAGAAUGCUAUGUACGGUGAAAUGUUGGCCAAGGCGGGCCAACUCCGCGCUAUCGUUGCUUCUCAUCACGCUAAGGCCCAAUACAUUAUGAUUAGUUUUGAACGAAGCAGCCAAGCAUACCUUUUACACAUAGUUAUGUACCAAUUCAAGUUUUCUUUGUUAUUUUUAGAGCCAUUUUUGUAAUUGGUAUAAGUUCAGAAACUAAUAACUACCUCACUUUACUAAAUGAAUGAAGAUUUUUAUGUAUGAGCAUUUUUUGGAACUUCUGAAAUUUCAAUAAGUUUAAUUAAUAAGAAAUAUGAAUGCUAUUUUCAAACAGUAAUGGAUAUUGUCAAAAUUAAGGUUUCUUAAUGUAAUAAAAUAUGAAAAUAUA